UGUGCUAUGUGCGGCGAAACCUUUGAAAACCCUUGGUUAUUCAAUCUGACGGUGCACCGCCGAUCUCACACAGGUGAAAAACCCUACAGGUGUCCACACUGUCCAUACGCGUGCGCACAGUCCAGCAAAAUUACAAGGCACCUCAAAACUCAU